AUGCAUCCAAUUGUUUCUAAUGGUAAUAAAUUAAAAUGGAAGUUUGAAAAUAUCAAAAAUUUGGGCCAAGACAAAAUUUCGAGUGAGAAAUUCACAAUUGGACCUGUUGAUUGGUUAGUUUCCCUUAAUACCUCUCAAUAAAAAUCCUCAUAGUUUUCAGGGUUAUCGAUAUUGGUUUGACAUACGAUGGGAAAAAUCUGGCAAUUUUUUUGAGAUAUGAUAAAAUGAACAAAAACGAGCAUGAUUGGAUUUGUGAUGCAAGAGGAAAAUUGAAAUUGUUGAAACAAAAUGGAGCGGGAAAACAUGAAUCGGAAGACUUUGAAGUUCGGUUUUUACAGUACCGCGAUAGUUUGGAAAGUGAGAAUUUGGAGUUUUCAAAGGUUUUGGAUAGUUCGAAUGGUUUCAUCAAAGAAGAUUCAAUUAUUGUUGAGAUUGACUUGAGUUUUAAAUAUUAUGAUUUCUCGAAACAAGUUGAGAACUUCACUGAUAUAAUAAUCAACAUAUAUGAAACAAAUUUCUAUUUGAAUAAAGGGGUGAGUUAGACUAACUCAGUUAGUUAUAGUUUCAAAAACAAAUGUGUUCAGGUGCUCAGCUCGAAAUCGGAAUAUUUCUACAAUUUAUUUGUGAUUGAAAAAUCCACGGAAACUUGCAUAAAACUGGAUGAUAUUUCUCCCGAUGAGCUAAUUUGUAUGGUGGUUCCUUAUCCUUCACCGGAUCCAAUUUUCGGUUUGUUUUUGAAAAAAAUAUAUAUAUUUGCGAUAUGUGUUUUUUUAAAGACGAUGAAUGUUAUUCAUUCAUCAAUGUUGCUCAAAAAUAUGGAGUUGCAUCACUUCACGAAACAUGCGAAAAAUAUUUGAUUUCUGUGAAAUACAAGGAUAUAAUGGUUGGAAUCAAGAUUGCAGAGCAAAAUGGUUAUGAAAAACUGAUGGAGCACUGUAUUGAGCAAUUCAAAUCUCCAAUUGAGAUUAAAAAUUUGCACGCGGAUGUUAGAUUUGAGAAAUUGAAUGAUGUUACGAAAUGGAAAAUUAUGCAUUGUUUGUUGGAGAUGUUCUAA